AUUGCCGGCCGUCUCAGCGACCGCACAUAAAAAAUAUCGAACCAAAAACACGGACUUAUUUGUUUUUUUAAUCCUCAGUGUCAGUGGUUGCUUAUCUUCUAAUUUUUGAAGGACCAAUUUUAGAAUGAAGGUCUUACUAUUAUGUAUGGCCUUUGCGGCCGUAUCUCUGGCCAUGCCUGUGGCCGAGGAGAAACCUGUAGUGCCUGCUGUUCCUGAAGUAAAGGCUGAAGCUGUUGACCCUAAGCCUGAAGAAAAACCCGCUGAUGUAAAGAAACCUGAAGAACCUAAAAAGGAGGAAGAUGCUGCGCCAAAGAAACAAGAAGCGGCCGAGCCCAAGAAAGAAGAAGCCGCUGAGCCCAAGAAAGAGGAAGCAUUAGAGCCCAAAAAAGAAGAAGCAUCUCUUGAAGGCAAAAGUGCACCAGUAGAAGAGAAGGCCAAGGAAGAGCCGAAACCUGAAGCUCAGCCUGAAGAAAAGAAAGAAGCUGCUCCUGAAGCCAAGUCCGCUCCCGCUGUGCCUCAGCCCGAGGUAAAGAAGGAAGAGAAACCCGAAGAAUCUAAACCAGAAGAGAAACGCGAGGAGCCUGAAGCUAAACCCGAAGCCAAAUCCGCUGAAUCGCAGGCUACUGUGAAAGAGGUUGCCAAAGAAGAGCCUGCCCCUAAGCCAUCUGUACCCCAAGAAGUUAUUGACGUAGUAAGUGCUGUUAGAAGCCCGGCCGCUAUUGCUGACGAUGUUGCUGAUCCUGCCGCAAUCUUACCUACCCCAGUGAAGAAAAUUGAUUUGCCCGUCGAACCCAAAAGCGCACAGCCUGAGGCGGCAGUAACGGCCGAAGAACCUAAAUCUCCUAAAGCCGAAGAGAAGGCAAGCGAGCCUGCCAAAAAACCCGUUGCUCCUUCAGUAGAAGCCAAAGAGACACCUGCUGCGCCUAGCGAUGAUAGCCUACGUGUAGUUCGCGAUACCGUUGAUGACAAAGUCAAAGCCGCUGCUGUUGAACAGCCUAAAGCCGCAGAAUCUAAACCCGAGGAGCCUAAGGCCGAGAAGAAGUCCGCCGAGCCUGCCAAAGAAGAAGCCCCUAAAGUAGAAUUACCGAAAGAGGAUGCCAAGGAAGUGAAAUCUGCAAAGGCUGAAGAGCCUGCUAAAGCCGAAGAACCUAAAAAGGAAGAGAAGCUUGAGGAACCUAAGAAAGCUGAACCAGAAGCAGAAAAACCAAACCAGCCCGAGGUCAAAGCAGCUAAGGAAGAGAAAAAGCCUGAGGAAAAGAAAGAAGUAAAAGCUGAGAAGCCCCAAAACGCAGAGAAACCCCUAGGAGAUGCCCCGUCAGAUGACUCCGAUGAGAGUGGAGAGAGCAGCGAAAAAGAAAACAGCAAAGAGACAAAUUCUUCAGAGGAGAGCAAGGAGCAGUCUUAGAAUAGUGAAGUAUUAAUCCAGCAUUGACACUGAGCCCGUACGCCGGUUCUCUUGCUGGCUACAAAUCCGCAAGUGAAUGCUCGGUCUACUUAGCAUGUAUUUCCAAGCGUGGUGUGGUGGCGACGGAUUUUCCCACGGAUUUGUGGCUCGUGUAGUGAAUGCUUUUAGGUUACUGAAUGGGAAGGCACCGGCAGCAGGCGUGUGUCGACGUCCCUCGACACGCGCCUGCGGCCCGCCGCUCCGAAUGGUAAUCCCAGCUGUCAUUCCGCCAUCUUGGACUAACUACUGGGAUAUUAGCCUGUGAGUGUGAACGGUCGCCGCUGUGGCGAUCACUAUUCAUAGUUCUAGAGACUUAUUUAAAUAGACGAACCGAAAUUACCUAAGUUGUAAUUAUCUCACAAAGUAAAUUAUCGAAUUUCCGGUACUAUAAGUAAUAAAAUAAUGUUUUUUUACA